AUGACGCCGGACGAGAAAAGAGCUCCCACACCAGAUAUCCAGCCUCCUCCGGACCAGGAGAAGUAUGAAUCCGGAGAUAUCAUAGACGCAAUAAAUGGAGACCGUGGGAGAGAUGUCGCGGCACAAUUCCUCGCACGACUCGACCCUGCUAUUGCAGUGACGCCCAUUUCGGAAAGCGAGGCUCGACGCGUUUUAUGGAAGAUCGACCUCAUUCUGAUCCCACUCAUCAUGGUUACAGUCGUCUUGGCUGCGAUCGAUAAAGUCAUUAUAUCUAAUGCUGCAAUCUACGGCAUGAAAACGGACACCCAUCUGACUGGCAACCAAUAUUCAUGGGUGGGAUCGAUCUUCUAUUUCGGGUAUCUGGCCUUCGAAUAUCCUGCUGCACUCCUCAUUCAGCGACUCCCAGUCGCCAAGCUCUAUGUGGGGAUGGUAUCUGGAUGGGCUGUGUUGAUGCUUUGCACAGCGGCGACGCAGAAUUUUGCAGGUUUGGCCACCGUUCGGUUCUUAAUGGGCAUGCUUGAGGCUUCCGUUUUUCCCAUUUCCAGCAUCCUGACUGUGAUGUGGUGGAAAACCAGCGAGCAGCCACUCCGGGUUGCAUUCUGGUUCAAUCAGCUGUCAUCUGUGUUCUCGGGUCUUGUCAGCUAUGGGAUCGGCCAGACAAAUACUAGCGUGGCACCUUGGCGACUGCUCUUUCUGGUGCUGGGUGGAUUUUCUCUCAUCUGGGCCGCAAUACUCUACGUCUUUUUACCCGACUCGCCCGUCCAGUGUUGGUAUUUCUCCGAUCGCGAGAGAUUUGUAUGCCUUGAGCGUGUGAAGAACAACAAUACCGGAAUGGAGGACAAAACCAUCAAAUGGUAUCAAGUACGCGAAUGCUUACUUGAUCCCAAGACGUGGCUGUUAGCAUUGUUCUCUCUAGCUCAAAACAUUCCGAAUGGCGGCCUGGUUACUUUCUCCGCUAUCAUUGUGACUGGGUUGGGCUAUUCAAACUUGGUCACCACGGUGCUGGGCAUUCCAACCGGUGUACUGGCAACUGUUUGGCAAAUUCUAUUAGGCUUCAUCGCUGCCAAUGUCCAGAAUUCUCGAUGCGCGAUUAUUGCUCUGGCGGACCUGGUACCAAUGGUCUGUGCAAUUUUAAUGUGGAAGUUGCCUCGAGAGAACCAACAUGGCUUGCUGGCAGCAUACUACGUCUUCUACACCUACUGGGCACCCUAUGUUCUUUCUACAUCCCUUCCAAUGGCUAAUACUAGUGGUCAUUCUAAGAAGUUGACCAUGAACGCCAUAUUCUUCCUAGCUUACUGCACCGGCAACAUCAUUGGCCCUCAGGUCUUUCGCUCGGAAGAAGCUCCUUCGUAUUCGCGAGGCUAUGAGGGCCUACUCGCUUGUCUAGUCGUGGCAAUGGCAUCUAUCAUUGCAUAUGGAGUUCUAUGCCGAUGGGAGAACACCCGCCGUGACAGAAAGGAAGGGCCGCAGUCCCGUACUGAACUAUCCGAGGGUGCAUUCUCAGACCAAACGGAUCACGAAAAACAUGGCUUCAGGUAUACAUACUAG